GUUGCGUCCUAUCCGAGAGCGAUGGAGAGCCUGUUCACCAGCUUUCUGCCUCGCGCUCCGGCCAUCUCGAUGAAUCACGGAGCUUCGCGCUCGGAUCUCUUCGGCGGCAGGAGGAGGGGGAGGAAGGAAGCGCUGAUUAGUAUGCCUCGGAGGAGAGCCGCACCCCCUGGCAUCGUUUGCAUGGCCGAACCAUAUCUGAUAUCAAAGUUGGAUUCUGCUGAAAGAACUUGGAAAGAAUUGUCGGUCAAGCUUGCAGAUCCUGAUAUUGUUUCAAAUCCUACUGAGUAUCAGAAGCUUGCACAAUCUGUGGCAGAACUUGAUGAGGUAGUAAUGAACUUCAGGAAGUUCAAGGAAUGUGAGAGACAAAUAGAAGAAACGAAAGCUUUAGCAAAAGAGGAUGGGAGCGACCCAGAUAUGGCUGAAUUGGUAUCUCACGAGCUGGAGAUGUUAUUCGAACAGCUUAAAGAUCUUGAGGAUAAGUUGAAGAUGCUAUUGCUUCCUACUGAUCCUAUGGAUGCCCGCAAUAUCUUACUUGAAGUAAGAGCAGGUACUGGUGGUGAUGAGGCAGGAAUAUGGGCUGGUGAUCUUGUACGCGUGUAUCAGAAAUAUAGCGAGCGAAAUUCUUGGAAGUAUGCAACAAUUUCUAGUUCUGAGGCUGAAAAAGGUGGAUACAAGACUUUUGUGAUGGAAGUUAAAGGAAAACGAGUUUAUAGUAAGUUAAAGUAUGAGUCAGGUGUUCACCGUGUUCAACGUGUACCUCAGACUGAAGCUCAAGGACGUGUGCAUACAUCAACUGCAACUGUUGCAAUAAUGCCAGAGGCUGAUGAAGUUGAAGUGGUGAUUGAUCCAAAAGACAUUGAACUGACAACAGCAAGAUCUGGCGGUGCUGGAGGGCAGAACGUAAACAAAGUGGAAACAGCUGUUGACCUUUUCCAUAAACCAACAGGAAUACGGAUCUUCUGUACCGAAGAAAGAACCCAGCUUCGCAACAAAGACCGUGCUUUUCAAUUACUAAGAGCGAAGCUUUACGAGAUUAAAGUGAGGGAGCAGCAAGAAUCAUUAAGGAACCAGAGGAAAUCACAGAUAGGCACUGGUGCCCGUGCAGAGAAAAUAAGGACAUACAAUUACAAGGAUAACAGAGUAACCGACCAUCGCUUGAAGAUGAAUUUUGAGCUCACAUCCUUCCUCUCUGGAGAUAUUGAGGCAGCUAUUCAGGCAUGUGCAACCUUGGAGCAAAAGGAACUGUUGGAGGAGCUGGCUCAGACUUCUGGUGCAUCCAAAGCUUGAUCGAUCAACCGGGUAUGUUUAUUACAAUCAAAUUUUGAAGUCUGAAUUAGACCUUUUGAUCUGCUCAUGUGAACCUCUUAUAGGAAAUGAUGAUGAUGCAUUUACCGAAAUAUCAUCUAUUCAUAUCAUUUUGUAUAAUGAUGCAUUAAUCAAUCCGAAUACAUUUAUUACUUUUGUUAA